AUGGAAGAGUUCAGUAACCGUCGGCGCCUCGUCAAACUCUCGCGCCAUCAGGAAGACUCGGUUCUUUCCUUGAAGUUUAGCCCCCUCGCCACCGACCGAUAUGAUGAAACUAUGACGGUUGUUAGCUGCAUCCUCAACGACGCGACCGACGAAUGCUACAUCACCUCUGUGGACAUCAUUUUUCUUCUAGAAGCCCUCAUCGCCAGCAAAUUUAGCGUUGAAGAAAAAAAUCGUAUCAGAAGGAAUCUUGAAGGAUUCAAGCCAGUAACGGUAUCCAAAAGUAGAGUUUCUGAUCCUUUCUUUGCGCUGAUCAUGAGCUACCCGCCGCCUCGGCCAAGGAACAUCGAGAAGGAUGUGAAGGUUUUCCCCUGGAGACUGCUCCCUCAAGCAUUACAGAAGAUUGUUGGAAAAUAUGUAAGGGUUUCUUACUCAGUCACGUUUAUACGUUACUGA